ACCAGAUAAGAAGAGACUUGCUCCCUGUGGGGAGGGUCUGGAGGAGUAACUGUCGCUCAGGAGAAGCCACCCUACCUGUACUCCAGGCAGGGGAUGAGAAAGCAGGGGGAAGCAGGUUGAGGGACUGCAGAGAGUGGGACCCAGUCACAGAUCCAGCUGUCCUCCACUGGGUCCUCCCCUCUUUCCCUCUCUCCCAGGGUCACUGACACUGUCACUGUUUCUCUCAGGCUGAGGCUUUCUCCCUAUCUCUGUGGACCUGGGUCCUUGGGUAUUUCAGCCAGAACAGUUCACUCUCACUUCCUCCAGGAUGCCUUCCUGGAAUGCCCGGGUUGAGCGGAGCCCAGCACCCUAAUCUGACGGUUCCUCUGGGUUGGCUCUUGCCAACCUGGAUUGUAACUGUUUUCAUUUCUCGCUUCCCCACGAGACUGGCAAUCCUGCGGGGCAUGAAACAUUUGCCCAUGUGUCUCCCCGAGUUUUUCCGGGCUUCACAUCUGUCUCUGAAUAUCUGGUCUGUCUGAAAUUUUCAGUGUCUCUGUCUCUGUGUCUCCAUCUCUGGGUCCCUGAAUGUCUCAGCGUCUGUGGUUUUCUGGUUUUGAGUGCUUUGGGGUCUUGGUUUCUGGGUUGCUGUCUAAAGGGUCUCAGUUUUCCAGGUCUCAGUCCCUCGGUCUCUCAGUCUCUGUCUCCUGGGUCUCCUGGCCCUGCGAGGCUGGGCACUGCCCCUUUGGCCUGAAGGGGCCUCUGGGGGGUCCUCGCUGCCCAGCCUGCCCACAGCGAGGCCAGGCUAGGGUAGGCCCCCGCCCAGCCCGCUGCCUGUUCCCUCCCUCCCUACCCGCUUGCCUUACCACAGGGUUUGAUGAAUCAAACUCUUUGUCUGGGUGGGAUCUCCCCCAGCCAGCUGGGCAGAGAGAGGGCUUCCCCUGCCGGAGCAGCCGAGCGACAUCAGCUGUGGGCCUUGGCUGGAGAGGUGAGGGGCUGCAGGAGGGCAGCCGGCAAAGGGCCACGGGGCAAGGGCUGGGGGGCUCAGACCCCUUGAUCAGUAGACCUGUCCUGAGGCUCCGGCAGCCUCCCUCGGGACGACGUCCUGCCCAGAGAGGACCCAUUCAGCCUGGCCCGAUCCUGGGGCGGGGAGCUGGGGUAGGGAAGAACCCCUCCCUCACCCCAAGCUGAGGGGCUGGGGCACUUCCCUGCCCGUCUCUUGGGAGGGCCCAGUCUGAUCUGCGUGGUGGCCCGCCUGCCAGUGUGUGACCCUCCCAGCCAGCUUGGCAUGGGUGUGGGCACCACUCAGCGCUAAAGGCUACAACUCUGGGCGCGGGAGGGGAGGUUGGGUAACACCAAAGCAAGGAUUUCUGGGCCUGUGUGUUUGUAUCUGCAUCAUGGUGUGUGAGUGUGAAUGGAACAGGAGUGUGAGAAAACUUGAGUGGAUAUGGAAAUAUCUGAUGGGUCAUCAUGUGUUUGUGAAAGUCUGAGUGAAUAUAUGUACUUGCAUAAAAAUGUGUGUGAGCCUGCGAAUUAGAAAUGUCUGAGUAUAUCUGUGCAAGUAUGUAUGUCGAUGUGUAUACUUGGAAGAAAAUGUGUGUGGAUGUGCAUGGAACAGACAUGGGUUUGUGUGACAAUGUGUGUAUCUGUAUGUCUGAUUGCAUGUCAGUGAGAGUUAGGAAAUGUGCAAGGUGCUUAAAAGCACAGACUCAGAAGCUAGACUGCCUGGGUUUGAAUCCUGGCUCCAUUAUUUACCAAAUAACAACUUCUGUGCCUCACUUUCGUCACCUAUAAAAAGGGGCUAAUAAUAGUAUCAACUCGGGGUUGUUGUGAGGAUUAAAUGAAAUAAGAUGUGUAAAGUACUUGGCCUGUCAUUCAGUAAGUGCCAAGUAAGCAUCAGCUAUUACUAUAUAAUAAGGUGUGUGUGUGCUUGUACAGAUGUGUGUACACAAGGCUUUGUCCAGGUCUCCAGGACAUGGUGCUUACUGGCCAGCCCUGCUGUCCUGUGUCUCGCUCUGAUGCCUUCUCCCCUGCAGGCCCAGGUGGGUGGCAGAGCAAAGGAGGAAUGGCCUGUGGGCCACCUCCCGCCCUCCAGUCCCAUCUGGCUGGGCCACCUGGCACCGCCCACCGCCCAGUAGCUGUGUGCCAACAGGAGAGUCUGUCCUUUGCGGCGUUGCCCACCCUGCAGCCCCCGAGCCCUGUGUGUCUGGAUCUCUUCCCCGUCGCUCCAGAGGAGCUGCAGGCACCUGGCAGCCGCUGGUCUCUGGGGACCCCUGCUCCUCUCCAAGGGCUGCUAUGGCCACCAUCCCCAGGAGGCCCAGACACCGAGAUCUCUACCGGUGGGGGAAUGCGGCCCAGCAGGGCUGGCAGCUGGCCACACUGUCCUAGUGCCCAGUCCCCAGCUCUGGAGGGACCCUGGAGUUCCCAGCACCAACAGCCACAGCGCCGGGCCAGCCACGGCUCGGAGAAGAAGUCAGCCUGGCGCAAGAUGCGGGUGUACCAGCAAGAAGAGGCCCUUGGCAGCCCUGAGGCCCAUGCUGUCUUCCUAGAGCCAAGCCAGGCGACAGAACAGGCCCUGAGCACAGCAGAGCCUAGGCCGCUGGAGCUGCCUGGGCCCACCCGAGUGGGCCUCGAGGGGCCUGAGCGGAGGCGCUUCUCAGCCUCUGAGCUGAUGACCCGGUUGCACUCUUCCCUGCGCCUGGGACGGAAUUCGGCAGCCAGGGCACUGACCCCAGGGUCAGGCCCUGGAGCUGCUGCCCAGGAAGGGAAAGCGUCUGGAAGAGAGUCGCGCAGUGUAGAGAUGCGGGUGGACGCUACGGCGAUGCCGGCUCUUGUUGACCUGAGCGGGGGCCACGGUAGCUGGCCCGAGCCCAGGCUAGAUGCGCAGGAAGAGCCGGCUCCGGGUUCCAGAAGCGCCAGCGAGCGGCGCCAGUCACGGUUCCUCCUUAACUCGGUCCUCUACCAGGAAUAUAGCGACGUGGCCAGCGCCCGCGAACUGCGGCGGCAGCAGCGCGAGGAGGAGGGUCCGGGGGACGAGGCCGAGGGCGCGGAGGAGGGGCCCGGGCCGCCGCGCGCCAACCUCUCCCCGAGCAGCUCCUUCCGGGCGCAGCGCUCGGCGCGAGGCUCCACCUUCUCGCUGUGGCAAGACAUCCCCGACGUGCGCGGCAGCGGCGUCCUGGCUACGCUGAGCCUGCGCGACUGUAAACUGCAGGAGGCCAAAUUUGAGCUGAUUACGUCCGAGGCCUCAUACAUCCACAGCCUGUCGGUGGCCGUGGGCCACUUCUUAGGCUCGGCCGAGCUGAGUGAGUGUCUGGGGGUGCAGGACAAGCAGUGGCUGUUCUCCAAACUGCCCGAGGUCAAGAGCACCAGCGAGAGGUUCCUACAGGACCUGGAGCAGCGGUUGGAGGCCGAUGUCCUGCGCUUCAGCGUGUGCGAUAUUGUGUUGCACCACUGUCCGGCCUUCCGCCGCGUCUACCUGCCCUAUGUCACCAACCAGGCCUAUCAGGAGCGCACCUACCAGCGGCUGCUCCUGGAGAACCCCAAGUUCCCCAGCAUCCUGGCUCGCCUGGAGGAGUCUCCCGUGAGCCAGCGUCUGCCCCUCACCUCCUUCCUCAUCCUGCCGUUUCAGAGGAUCACCCGCCUCAAGAUGCUGGUGGAGAACAUCCUGAAACGGACAGCACAGGGUUCAGAAGACGAAGACAUGGCCACCAAGGCCUUCAAUGCACUCAAGGAGCUGGUGCAAGAGUGCAAUGCCAGUGUGCAGUCCAUGAAGAGGACAGAGGAGCUCAUCCACCUGAGCAAGAAGAUCCACUUUGAGGGCAAGAUCUUCCCGCUGAUCUCGCAGGCCCGCUGGCUGGUUCGGCACGGGGAGCUGGUGGAGCUGGCCCCGCUGCCCGCAGCACCCCCUUCCAAGCUGAAGCUGUCCAGCAAGGCGGUCUACCUGCACCUAUUCAACGACUGCCUGCUGCUCUCCCGGAGGAAGGAGCUGGGGAAAUUCGCCGUCUUCGUCCACGCCAGGAUGGCUGAGCUGCAGGUGAAGGACCUGAGCCUGAAGCUCCAGGGCAUCCCUGGCCACGUGUUCCUCCUUCAACUCCUCCAUGGGCAGCACACGAAGCACCAGUUCCUGCUGAGGGCCCGGACAGAAAGUGAGAAGCAGCGAUGGAUCUCAGCCAUGUGCCCCUCUACCCCCCAGGAGGACAGGGAGGUCCUCAGCGAGGGGGAAGACCGCCCCCAGGUUCAGUGUGUCAGGACAUACAAGGCACUGCAGCCAGACGAGCUGACCUUGGAGAAGACUGACAUCCUGGCAGUGAGGACCCGGACCAGUGAUGUCUGUUAUUUGAAGCAAGUGGAGCCCACACUCAAGUUGGGGGGAAGCCAUACUCCACCUCCUGGAAGCUAUAUAUCUACAUAUAUUAUUUUGAAUUCUUCUGUUAGGAAGAUUUUUCCUCCUCCCACCUCCCCCUCCCCCCAUUUAUUUCUAUCAGCGUGGACCCAUGCCUUUCUCUAUCUUAUUCUUUGGGUUAUAAUUCAAUACUAGGUUAUUUAUUUUAUUGUUCAGAUUGUUCCAGCUUUGGCCA